CACAAACGGCAGUCGACAUCUAGGGAUUCAUCGCGCACCUCGUCUUCAGAUCAAGGUCGACGGCUCCCGAGGAUUCAUCGCGCACCAAUUCCCGAGGGCUAUCGGCGGAGGAUCGUCGGAUCUCCGGUGUUAUCGUCGGCCUACGUGGUGUCUCACAAGAUCGCCGCCGGGGUUCCUCGAUAGCCAGCAUUGCGAGUGUCUUCUUCUCCGGCAUCAAGAGUGGCCUGUCUGACGUAAAAACAUAUCUUGCGUGAAGAGACCCUGCUCUUUCCAGGAGGUUGCUGCUGUGUCUAGUGGUUUCCUUGGGCAUUUAUCCAUUCAUCAUAGUUUACACCAAGCACCAUCGUCUAAGACCAAAGAUUGUAAAUGGACAAUCAAAUUGAUGAUGAAAGUAUUGUACUUGCCGCUGCUACCGUUGUUGCAAUUAUAGCAUUACAGUGGUACAGUAGGAGAAGAGGAUUGAAUUUGCCACGAGAGCCAUGUUACAAUAGAGAUCAACAACGUACAAACUAUAUUUCAAGAAUAAUACAUGGAUCCGAGGAGGCUAGUAUAGCAAUGCUAAGGAUGAAAAGAGUUGUAUUUUUUGGGUUAUGUGAUUUAUUGAAGUCAAAAGGAUUACUGUACAAUACCCUACAUGUAAGCGUUGAAGAGCAAGUGGCAAUGUUUCUUCAUAUUCUUGGUCAUAAAGUGAGGAAUAGGGUGAUUGGAGUAAAUUUUUUACUUUCCGGUGAAACUAUUAGCCGAUAUUUUAAACAUGUAUUGUAUGCCAUAGGAGAGCUUCGGGGUGAAUUUAUCCAACCGCCCCGCACAACUACUAGUUCAGUCAUUACACAUGAUCCAAGGUUUAUGCCAUAUUUUAAGGAUUGCAUAGGAGCGCUUGAUGGUACACAUAUCCACGCAUCCGUUCGAAAAGAAAUUGUAGCUCGUUUCCGUGGAAGAAAACCAUAUCCCACUCAAAAUGUGUUGGCCGCAGUUGACUUUGAAUUAAGGUUUACAUAUGUUCUAGCUGGGUGGGAGGGUUCAGCACAUGAUGCACUUGUCCUACGUGAUGCUUUAGAAAGAGAGGAUGGACUUAUAGUGCCCGAAGAUGGACUCAAUAGAGAUGACCCAAGAAAGCGAAGGUGUUGGAAGGAGAUGCCCAACUAAUUUUAGGUGGACAGCGAUCAUGACCUCAUUUUUGCUCAGAUGCUUAGUUGAGCAGGCAAACCUUGGUCUUAAAACUGACAAAGGUUUCAAGAGUACUGCUAUCAAUGCAGUUGCGAGGGCUGUUAGUACGAGGUUUAACAUGCAUGUGAGUGAUUCACAUGUUAUCAAUCGUCUCCGACAUGUAAGAAAAAUAUGGUUAAUAAUAAAAAAACUUAAGAGUUUAAGUGGAGUUUCGUGGGAUGAUUCAGAGAAGAAAAUCAUUAUGGGUAUUG